AUGAAGUGAAAAUGUUUGCAUUCUGCCUCGAUGACUGAUGGCAGGUGCUGCCCGCCAGGGUCCGGGUCACGCAGUCUCACUGUCACCGGGGCGUGAAACGCUGAGUUUAUCCGGCUACCCCCUGGUCCGCCCCUACUGCCGGCAUGCUCACUUAGAAGAGAAGGAGCAGGCAGUUGUCUUGAUCAAUAUUACCAGCUUGUUGUUAGUCAAGGUAGGCUACAGAAAGGUGGACAUGCAGUCAAGCAUCACGUCGGUUGCUAUUUACUGUCCCGACUGUUCGUACUCAUUGGCGACGGUGGGUGUGGUGACCGCAGCUAUAGUAGAUUUUGAGCCCAUGCUUGUUUGUCUCUCUCUGUGUGAGGUCAACAAGGUUUCGGUCUUUUCUGCCGUAUUUGGCGCUUCUCAGAGAGCCAUUAGGGCACUGGUGUGAAGAGCCCCGAAUGUACAUUCACUCAGUACUGGUGAAGCCCCUCUGCAAGCAGGUUACUUUCUUACAUCAAACUUAGUCACUAGUAAUUAUUUCAUUGGCAAUCUUCAAAUGGAUUUCAAUGAAGUAUGUGGACAAAAUAAGGUCCUGUUUGCUCUCAGAAGUUAUCUUCUGAGUGCUGUGAUGUUUUGUGUUGGAGUGUGGCCUCUACAAAUUUGUCUGGUCCAUUUUACGCUCUGCCUCGAGCGCGGCAACACUUAGCAAGGAUGUGCUACCCCCAACACCGCAGGCCGCUGCUCAGUAGAGAAGUGCCACAUAGCUGAAGCACCAGACUCCAAGCCCCUGCGAAAUGUUGCCAGUCACUGUGAUUCCAGUACUCAAACACCGCCUCCCUGCCAUCCCAUACACACCACUAACGUGGUAAAUAAAUGACAGCGAGCCACCCUUUCCACUCUGGUUCAGCUGCAUUGCAUCAUACUGCACAGAGGAGCGACUCACCCCCUGGUCAACCCCCUCUGCUCGUGUGAGCGCAGUAAAUAACAUCUCGGACACAUUUUUCAUUCUCUCCCAGGUAAAAGAUUCACAAGAAUUGUGUACGUGCGUACAGUAUAAUCUCUGUGCUGCGCUCCAGUGGCUUAGCUUAGUUUAGAGUGUUUGCUAUGGGGGGGGGGGUCGGUCGGUGUCGGUGUCGGUGUCCAGUCCAGUCCACUCCAGUGUCCUACCUCAGUCCUUGUCCUCUUGACAGAGCCAUGACCCCCUCAUGUUUGAACAAAAAGUCUGUGUGUGGUAUCGGUGUAAUGUUGUAAACAACAUGGUCAGGCACUUGUUAGAGAAUAUUGGCAAAAAAGGUUGACAUUAGACAAUUUGAAAAAUGUAUGUGAGCUUGGGUAAAAAGUGCUGAUGGGCACGUUGGCUUUUGCCCCAGCACUGAAUGUGGCCUUGGUGUCUUUACACUGUAAUUUUUGGCGACUGCGGAUCUGUCCUGGCCCGAGCAGACGCAAAGGGCAUCAUGAAGCUGUGAACCUGAGUUGGAAACCAACUUGGGACAGUUGGUGCAGAUGGGAAGGUGAUAGAGAAAUCUUCACACUCGGGCAUGAUCAACCCCAGCCCACACUGGCAGAAGCUGACUCACAAUGGCCCCGUUGCUCAGUUUGAGUACCAGAUCCGGGUCAGCUGUGAUGAGCACUACUAUGGCUUCGGCUGCAACAAGUUCUGUCGACCCAGGGAUGAGUUCUUUGGGCAUUACACAUGUGACUACAACGGGAACAAGACUUGCCUGGAAGGCUGGUCGGGACCAGAGUGCAACACUGCAAUAUGCCGACAGGGCUGCAGCACCGAACAUGGAUCAUGUCAGGAGCCAGGUGGAUGCACGUGUUUGUAUGGCUGGCAAGGCCAAUACUGCGACAAGUGUAUCCCCCACCCCGGCUGUGUACAUGGCACCUGUGUGGAACCCUGGCAGUGCCUGUGCGACACCAACUGGGGUGGACAUCUCUGCGACAAAGAUCUGAACUACUGCGGCACUCACCAUCCGUGCAUGAAUGGAGGGACUUGCAGCAACACGGGACCGGACAAGUACCAGUGUUCGUGUGCUGAGGGCUACUCUGGAGCCAACUGUGAGAGAGCGGAACAUGCCUGUUUGUCCAAUCCCUGCUCAAAUGGCGGGAGCUGCUCAGAAACCAGUCACGGUUAUGAAUGUCAUUGUGUGCCAGGCUGGAGCGGUCCUUCCUGCACUCUCAACAUUGAUGACUGCUCUCCAAAUCCUUGUAAUCACGGAGGGACCUGCCAAGAUCUUGUCAACAGCUACAAGUGUCUUUGUCCCUCACAGUGGACUGGGAAGACAUGUUUGAUAGAUGCCAACGAAUGUGACGCCAAGCCCUGCAUGAAUGCCAACUCGUGCCGCAACCUGAUUGGCGGCUACUUCUGCGAAUGCAUCCCCGGUUGGACGGGGCAGAACUGCAACGUCAAUAUAAACGACUGCAUGGACCAGUGCCAAAAUGGGGGCAUCUGCAAGGACUUGGUGAACGGGUAUCGCUGCGUGUGUCCCCCUGGCUUCGCCGGUGAGCACUGCGAGAGGGACCUCGACGAGUGCUCAAGCUCGCCGUGUCUGAAUGGCGGGCGCUGUCAGGACGAAGUUAACGGCUUCCAGUGUCUUUGUCUGGCCAGAUUUUCGGGGAAUCUCUGCCAGCUGGACAUCGAUUACUGCUCGCCCAACCCGUGUCAGAAUGGAGCAGCCUGCUUCAACCUGGCCACAGACUACUACUGCGCUUGCCCGGAGGACUAUGAGGGCAAGAACUGCUCCCACCUCAAAGACCACUGUCGCACCACCACGUGUAAAAUGAUAGACAGUUGCACAGUUGCGGUGGCAUCCAACAGUACGCCGGGAGGAGAGCGCUACAUUUCGUCCAAUGUGUGUGGACCUCAUGGCCGGUGCCGGAGCCAAGCUGGUGGCCAGUUCAGCUGCGAAUGUCAAGAAGGCUUCAGAGGAACCUACUGCCAUGAGAAUAUCAAUGACUGCGAGAGCAGCCCAUGCCGCAAUGGUGGCACCUGCAUUGACAAAGUUAGUGUGUACCAGUGUAUCUGCGCUGAUGGCUGGGAGGGCGACCACUGUGAGAUCAACAUUGACGACUGCAACACCAAUCCCUGUCAUAAUGGUGGGACGUGUCAGGACCUGGUGACUGAUUUCUUCUGCGAGUGCAAGAAUGGCUGGAAGGGGAAAACGUGCCACUCCCGCGAAAGUCAGUGCGAUGAAGCAACUUGCAACAACGGAGGCACCUGCCAUGAUGAGGGCAACACGUUCCAGUGCAAGUGCCCCCCGGGUUGGGAGGGGACAACGUGCAAUAUAGCAAAGAACUCCAGUUGUCUUCCAAACCCUUGUGAGAAUGGAGGUACCUGCGUGGUGACAGGGGAGUCUUUCUCUUGCGUCUGCAAGGAGGGCUGGGAGGGUCCCACGUGCACCCAAAACACCAACGACUGCAGUCCCCACCCAUGCUACAACAGUGGAACCUGCGUCGACGGAGACAACUGGUACCGCUGCGAAUGCGCUCCGGGCUUCGCAGGUCCAGACUGUCGGAUCAAUAUCAAUGAGUGCCAGUCCUCCCCAUGUUCCUUUGGCUCGACCUGUGUUGAUGAAAUUAAUGGCUACCGCUGUCUGUGCCCGCCAGACAGAUGUGGAACGCACUGUCAAGAAGUGUCAAGAAAAGCCUGCUCAGUUAAUGGACACGUGAUCUCAGAUGGGGUUAAAUGGGAAGAAGACUGCAACACUUGCCACUGUUCCAAGGGGAAAGUCGUAUGCACAAAGAUGUGGUGUGGUCCAGUGGCGUGCCACUUCGGUGCAAAAGGUCGAGGCGGGUGUCCUCCUGGCCAGAGUUGCAUCCCCAUCAGGGAGGGUCACUGUUUCGUCAAGCCCUGCCAAGGACUCGGGGAGUGCUGGCGCUCCAACCCGCUGCCAAGCCCCAAAUGUCACCCCGGCGCCAGUUACCAGGACAACAGCUGCGCCAACAUCACCUUCACCUUCAACAAGGACAUCUUGUCUCGGAGCUUGACUGUGGAGAAUGUGUGUAACCAGCUGAGGCGCUUGUACGUCGUCAAGAAUUUCUCCUUGGAGCAUUCCAUGUCCAUAACCUGUGACCCGUCAUUCUCUGCAAGCAACGAGAUCCAUGUCUGCAUAUCAACAGAAGACCAUCGUUUGGACCGGAGCCCGAUAAAAGAGAUCACAGAGCGGAUAAUUGACCUGGUUAGCAAACGCAACGGGAAUAACACCAUCAUCGCCUCCAUCGUGGAGGUGCGCGUGCCUAGCCCCAACAAAACUGACUACCUGGUGCCCCUCCUCAGCUCCAUCUUCAUCGUCCUCUGGGUCCUUCUGCUCAUUUCCGUCUUGCUGUGGUGCAUGCGUCGCCGGCGGAAACAGAGCAACCCUGGCGGCGGCGGCGGCGCCGGCGGCACGGCGGCGGCCGGCUCGGAGGACAACACCACCAACAACGUGCGCGAGCAGCUGAACCAGAUCAAGAACCCCAUCGAGAAGCACGUUGGCCUCUCUGUAGCUAUCAAAGACUAUGAAAACAAGAACUCCAUCAUCGCCAAUAUAAGGACAAAUCACCCCGAGGGGGAUGAGGACGACAAGGAGAGGCACCUCCAGAAGGGUCGCUUUGCCAAGCAGCCGGCGUACACGCUAGUGGAGCGGGAUGAGAAGAUCUCCAGCCCCAACUCCACAUCCAAACACCCAAAUUGGACUAAUAAACAGGACAACAGAGACUUGGAGACGGCAAACAGCAUAAACAGAAUGGACUACAUAGUAUAGCAGACAGCUGUGUUGCUGUGCAACCGAGCCUUAAACGUCUUCACACCCCGGUGGUGGGUGAACCAGGGGAGCUUUGGCAUGCCUAGUUGGUAAACUGUCAUGUCAUGUCACUCGUGACCCUGCAGUAUUUUCCCCGUGUUAAUUUAAGUUUUGACAAGCUGGCUUACACUGGCAGUGACGGUUGCUUUGGUUGGCUGGAAACACAAAGCACUGGUAUACAUUUCACUGUAGAAUGUUGAGUUUACUCCACUACAUUUCAAUCCCACAUCCAGCCUGCCCCGCCUCUUUUGUCUUUUUUUUCUUUUUUAAUUUAGUGGACACAUGGAAUGGGCUCCUGUUGUAAUUGUUGUACAAUGACUAAAACAACCCUGUUGUGUUCAGCAGUAGGGCUAAUCAUUUUAGUGUGUGUUCUUUGAAUUCUUUCUAGUACCGUUGUGGAGAAAGUGCCUUUUUCAGCUUUAGACUUUGCCACUGUCAAAUGAGGAAAAAAGAUCAACUUUAUUAUUUAUUUUUAUUUUGGGGUCAGGGGUGGGUUUGUCAGCAAUUGCUGCCAAUAUGAAGAAUUUAUGUUGAUUUAGAACAUGUAGAUAUGUACAUUUUUUUUUUUUUAUUAAUCAUUGUGUAUAUUUGAUUUAUUAAUUUAAUAAUCAAGAGCCUUAAGAUAUCAUUCCUUUUUAUUUAUAUGUUCUGUCUAGUUUGAAGGUUUUGAUAGCUGUGGGAGCUCACCAUUUCUUUCAAUGACUGCUUCCUCCAAUGCGCUCUAUAAAGCCAAAUGUCAGAAUUUCAAAGACAAACAAACAGGCACUUUUGGCCUGAGACUUUUUGUUUGUUGUUUUUUUUUUUUUUUUAAAUAAAACGCAUUUGACAUUUCAUGAAUUUUUUUUGCCAGGACAUUGACAGAAGGCAAGUGUCGAUCAAUAAAGGCUGCGUCCUGUGAGGGAUGGACUUUGUGGCAGACUUUGCUUGCCAUCAGGCAGUAAAUAAUUAACGGAACAAUAAUGUCCUAAACAGCCUCCAAAUUUUCACUCACAUUUCAAAGGCUUUCGAGAUCCACCGACGCAGGUCACACGGCCUACGACAAACGAGAAUUCCCAUCCGCAUUAGUCGGCAUGAUAUCUUGAAGCUUGACUGUGAGUACUUGAAGAGUAGAUUGGCGAUGGGAACACUGUAGAACCACAUUAAAUACUGCCUCCCUUGACAAAAGUCAUUGUUUGCAUCUUUUGUGCACAUUUCUUUGUAACGAGGCUCUUAAAAGACAAACGUUUAUCUCAUUUGUUGACCCCUUUUGAGAUCAUGGCAACAUUUUUGUCCAUUUUUGACUUGUUUGAACUUGAGAACAAUGUGUUGAUCUGGCAAUAUAUUUUUGAAAGUUGUAUUUAUUAAAUAUUUUGUAUGAAAAGAGAAUUCAAGAUGUCUUUGUUCUGGGGAGUGUGUGACGAGCUUGAGUCUCUCUGGGAUUUGGGGUUUAAAUGCAUUUACAGCACUGGAAAAUAUUAAGCGGUCACUCCAAAUUUUCCUAAAUGAGCAUAUCAAAAAUAAAUGGCUUCCAUUCCACUGUCUGUUGCAUUCCAUUCCAUUCUACAAACCACAUUGUCUCACACCUACUGUGAAGUUUGUUGGAAGCUCUCUGACUUGGGGGAUUUUUCACACUGGAAUCAAACACUUGUCUCGACUCAAGCCGUAUACAAAAUUGUCCUCGGGGGCGGGGGGAAGCUU